UCCCUUCUCUUCCUGCUCAAGUAUGAUGGAGCUUGGACCAAGGUGCCUCAAUGUGAUCUACUUGUCGGUUCUGUGUCUGUCUCUCUGCCUGCCAGGAGAGACGAACACAAAAAAGGCCAUCAAGAUACCCCGCUGUCCAGCGACCUGUUCGUGCACCAAAGACAGUGCCUUCUGUGUGGAUACGAAGGCAAUACCGAAGAGCUUCCCACCUGGGAUCAUUUCUUUGACGAUAGUGAAUGCAGCAUUUACGACGAUCCCAGAGGGAGCUUUCUCACACCUUCACCUACUCCAAUUCCUACUCUUGAACUCAAACACAUUCUCCACAAUUUCGGAUGACGCUUUUGCUGGCCUGUCUCACCUGCAGUACCUGUUCAUUGAGAAUAAUGAAGUACAAACUCUCUCAAAGUAUGCCUUCCGAGGACUAAAAUCUCUGACUCAUCUAUCCCUCUCAAACAACAACCAGCAACAGCUGCCCAGAGAUCUAUUUAAACAUCUGGAUCUCCUCACAGACUUGGACCUGCGAGGAAACUCUUUCCACUGUGACUGUAAGAUCAAGUGGUUGGUUGACUGGAUAGAAAAGAGUAAUACUUCAGUUCCUCCCAUAUACUGUGCAAGCCCCUUUGAAUUCCAGGGACGGAGAAUCCAUGACCUUGUCCCGAGAGACUUCAACUGCAUCAGUGCAGAUUUUGCCGUUUAUGAAACGUUUCCUUUCCAGUCUGUGUCUGUGGAGUCUUAUGAGUUUUGCGGAGAUCAGUUUGUUGCCUUUGCUCAACCUGAAUCAGGUUUCUGCACUCUUUAUGUGUGGGAUCAUGUAGAAAUGGCCUUUAGGACAUUUCAUAAUAUUACAUCUCGUUCAGCGCUGUACUGCAAACCAGUGGUGAUAGACAACACACUUUACAUGGUUGUGGCCCAACUUUUUGGUGGAUCUCACAUCUACAAAUGGGAAGAGGACCCCCUUCGUUUUGUGAAGAUCCAAGAUAUUGACACAAUUCGUGUGAGGAAGCCCAACUUCGUGGAGACCUUCCAUUUGGAUGCUGAAUGGUAUUUUGUAGUAGCAGACAGUUCGAAGGCUGGUUCAACCAGCAUUUAUCGAUGGAACAGCAAUGGUUUUUACUCCCACCAGUCCCUCCAUCCUUGGCACCGUGACACGCAUGUGGAGUUUCUCGAUGUUGGAGGAAAGCCUCACCUCAUCCUCUCCAGUGCCACUCAACCACCAGUGGUUUACCAGUGGAACCGAGGCCAGAAGCAGUUUGAUUUCUUCUCUCAAAUCACAGAGCAAGCUGACGUGCAGAUGGUCAAGCACUUUUGGGUUAGAAAGGCGCUUUACCUGUGCCUUACCCGCUUCAUUGGUGACUCAAAGAUUCUCCGCUGGGAAGGCCAGCGUUUCAUUGAGAUCCAAGUUCUUCCCUCUCGCGGUUCGAUGGUAGUGUAUCCCUUCACAGUGGGUCUUCGUCAGUAUCUUAUCCUUGGGAGUGAUUUCUCCUUUUCCAGAGUGUACUUGUGGGAUGAUCUCACUCAGCGGUUUCAGCCCUUCCAAGAACUUAACAUCAGAGCUCCAAGGGCCUUCAGCUUGGUGUCGGUCGACAACAAAGACAUUCUGGUGGCUGCCAGCUUCAAGGGCAAUUCCCUGGCCUACCAGCAUCUGCUGGUCGAUCUCAGUGCUAAGUAGAGAUGUGAGAGACAACAGGAUGUGCCAAAAACAACAACAUGUACCCAUACAGGUGCAUCUCAAAUUAGUUGUGUAAAACUCAGUUUAUUCAAGUACAUCAAUUCAAAGUGAAAUUUAUUUAUUACUCUACAUAGAGUCACUACACAUAAUACAUAAAUAUUUAAUGUGUAUCAUUUUUGAUUAUUUAUAGCUUAGUGCUGACGGAAACCUCCAAGUUAGGUCGGUAUAAUGACUUUCACUUUUUGAAUUGAACAACAGAAAUAAGUAAACUUUUCUACAAUUGUAAUUUAUUGGGAUGCACCUGUAUGGAAGUUUUGUUAUUUCACACGUUUUAAAUGAGUAACUUAAAAAUGGUUCAAAUCUAUUUUCUGAAUUAUUAUAACAUUAUUAAUAAUGUUAUAAUUUAGCCUCAGUGCCACGCUGACUGAAAUGUCAAGUUACUGCUUCUGUAUAUAUUAUCGUUGAAAUGCAUGUGAAUUUAUUGAAUCAGUCACUUGCAGUGUUGCCACAGUUACUUUGAAAAAGUAAUUUAGUUACUUUACUGAUUACUUCAUUAGAUUAAGUUAGAUUAAGAAAUUAGAUUACAAGUAAUUUUUUUUGUUACUUUCAGCAGCUGCCAUGUGGCAGGAAUAUCACUUAUCCACAGUACAAAAAAAAGCAUUAGCUAAACCGUACCCAUAACUUGGUAAUGUACGUCAAGAAUAACGUCACCAACAUGAACCAAUAACUGAAAUGUGUGUGUAGUUGAAACCACAUUAAAUGAGUAGCAUUUAAAGUAACUAUUGAUAGUAUGAUGAAGUAACUGUAAUCUAAUUAAUUCCCUGGCUAUAACAACACGCGACAUUAAUCGUUUCUCAGAAUGGCCACCAUUUAAGAGUAACACGUUACAGUUAAAAAGGCAUCACUGCAUAGUGAUGUUAUGUUUGAUACGUGGUGAAAAAGGAUAUUGAAGGUUACGUGUGUAAAAUUUUUAAAAGCUAUAAAUCAUCACUGCAGCACCUCAAAUUUUGAAAUAUAUUUAUAUGAUAUUAGAUAUCCUUAUGUCCUCAUUUUAUUUUGCACUAACAUCAAACAUUUGAUUCACAAGGAGAGAACAAAUUAAAUGACACUGCGAGUCAAUUUAAUAGUUGCUUAUCAUGGAUUUUGUCUUCAUUAAUGUAUAAUGUAAUUGUGUUAUUAAUCCUCUUAAUGCAAUAUAUAUUUUUUGGAUGCGUUGGAAAAAUUAGUAGUGCAACUUCUAAGUCAGUGGAUUGAUAUCAUUAAUCACUUUAGCACUAAUGUAUGUUUUUGACGUCAGUCCAAAAACUUUAUUCCAUUGCUGCAAUGUACAUUUAUGGACAGGGAAGUAUGAAUAAAACAUGCUUUAGAGCACUCUGAUAAAA